UAAACUAAGGCCUCGAAUACUUGUAUUUGUGUUCAUCGCUUUUUAUAGAACUAGACUCUAUACUCAACUGUAACCGAAUACAUGUAUACAGUCAAAUAAGGAAAAUGAUAUGAACAGGAUAUGAUUCAGUGUACGGUGUAUGAAGUUUGAUAACACCCGGAUAACCCUAACAAUGCCAAAACGAAACUGUUUUUGCAAUGCAUUUUGACGUUUUUGAAUCACUAUCGGCAUAACAUUUAAUAGUGAAGGAUGGAUGGAUUUGACAUAGCGGUUAUUAACGAAACUGUUUUCAUAUUGAACAACUCGGACAAUAACCCUGGUUAUGGAAUAUCAGAGACAAUGGGGUCUGAUCCUCCUGAUUCUGUGGAGCUCCUGAGGGUAAUACUACUGGGUUGUUUAGGCGCUGCUGUCGCUAUUAUCUUGCUCUUUUCAGUAAGCUACUACUUUAUCUGGAAGCAUAAGAAAAAGCCACAUUCGGUAGAAGAACACAUGUCAUACAGCAGUAUACCAUCCAAUGAUGCUACAGCAGCAAAAACGGCUAUAGAUUUGAACAAUUAUAAAGAUGAGCGUCUGAAAAGCUUGGAUGAACAAAAGGGUGACAGCAGAACAAAUGUAAGUGAAAGUGCUGAUGGAGUCAAAAUAGAUCUAGAAACAAAACAAAGUAAACCCACGCAUCCCAACAAAAGAGGUGUUUUUCCAAGAAUCGCACUGAGUCCACCGAAGACAAUGUCACAUAAAGAAACAAAUGGAAAAUUGACUCCCAAAAGUGACAACUCAGAUCAAGUAGUUUAUCAAAACGAACAUUAUAUAAGGAAUGAAACGGAAACUAGAACAGAUUCCGAGGCUUAUGAAGACGAUGGCUACAUAUAUCCUUUGCAAGAGACUGAUAUUUGCAUGGGUGAUUAUUACACAGUUGCAAAAACCGAUCAGGAAAGUAUGUCGGAUUCCAAAUGCUAUGAUGAUGAUGGCUACGUGCCUCCGUUGCAUGAGAAUGGUAGCUUCAGGUGUGAUUAUCUCACGAUUCUUUCAAGCAGAGAUAUAGCCAGUGAAGACAUUUACGCCAAUGAAGGAGAUGAAGACUAUGAAAACGUCCCAGAUUCAUGCCGGAAAUGACAACACUAACCAAAUGUUGAAAAAUGUAUCCCCAUUCUGCAGAUACUAAUUGCUAAUAAAAAGUUAUGAAUUAAAUCAGGAACCCAAUAAAGAGAGAGACCAAUUCAAUGAAACAUGCCAUCUAUUGUUUAUGAUUUCAUACAGUCAGUUCAGAGCAGAUAUACGAAUAACUAGGUGUAAAUCAUUGCUCAAAAACUCAUUCCAAUUUUGAUUACAAAUCUACAUUACUGCCUACAAAGUAUGACAUCGUAAAAUCUACCCUAAUUUAUUUGGUUUAUCAAAGGGAUCAGCAUUCAUUGAAAAGGUAUAUUGGUAAUUAGAGUGCAAUAUAUGGCUCCAUACUAUCCUAACAUAGCCUAGGUUACAAAAUCAUCGAGAUUUAAUGAUGAUUUUAAUUACCCAUUUACUGGAGGGCCGUCACUACCAAGGAAUGUUAAUGGCUCUGGAACAGGAUCUUUGGGUAAAACAGUGGUUUGAUGAGUUUUGGGCUCUGGAUUCUCUUGAUUGUGGUACCUGAUUUAAAUGUGAUCAUCACAAUCAUUACAUGAUAUAGACCCAUUUUUCAAGGUUACAGUAUGAGGGAUAAAACUAUUGUUUUUUCCAUUGUAAUAUCAUUUUCCAGUUAAUGGAUUUAUAUUUAAUCUAUCAAUUUUCAAUUCUUCGUGAAAGUGUCUUGUAAAGGUGUUGUUAAUUGCUUCACUGGAUGAGGAAUGUAUAUCCAAGCAAUGGAUACACAGGAAAUAUGGCCAGUUGUUCAUCUGGAAAAAAUAUCAUAAAGAUAAAAGCAUAAUGUAGGAUAGCAUAAUAUCAAUCCAUUUGUUACCGUUCUCAAUCCAAAUGCUACAUAGAGGAAUCGGAUUAAUACAUACAGGGUGGUCC